ACACAUACUGGAGAGAAACCCUAUGAAUGUGAUCAAUGUGGUAAGGCCUUUGCAUAUCCUAGAUAUCUCCAAGUACAUAAAAGAACACAUACUGGAGAGAAACCCUAUGAAUGUGAUCAAUGUGGUAAGGACUUUGCAUCUCAUGGUUAUCUCCAAGUACAUAAAAGAACACAUACCAGAGAGACACCCUAUGAAUGUGAUCAAUGUGGUAAGGCCUUUGCAUAUCCUAGAUAUCUCCAAGUACAUAAAAGAACACAUACCGGAGAGAAACCCUAUGAAUGUGAUCAAUGUGGUAAGGCCUUUGCAUAUCCUAGAUAUCUCCAAGUACAUAAAAGAACACAUACCAGAGAGAAACCCUAUGAAUGUGAUCAAUGUGGUAAAGCCUUUGCAGGUCAGAAUGUUCUUAAAAGACAUAAAAGAAUUCAUACUGGAGAGAAACCUUACAAAUGUAAUGAAUGUGGUAAAACCUUUGCAUUUAACACUAAGCUUCAAAUACAUAAAACAACACAUACUGGAGAGAAAUCCUAUGAAUAUAAGCUAUGUAGUAAAUCCUUUGCCUCUCAUGGUCAACUUCAAUAUCAUGAAAGAAUUCAUACUGGAGAAAAACUCUACAAAUGUAAUCAAUGUGGUAAAGCCUAUUCACAAUCAAGUGACCUCCAAGUACAUAAAAGAACACAUACUAGAAUGUAACCCUAUGAAUGUACCCAAUGUGGUAAAGCCUUUACAGGUCAGUGAUCUUUAAAGGUGUGGUGGUUGGCCCACAGCCAGGUGGCACUAUUUGGAGGUGUGGCCUUUUAUAAGGAAGUGUGUCACUGUGGGGGUCGGCUUUGAGAUCCUGUGCUUAAGCUCCACCCAGGGCAGAAGAGUCUUCUGGCUGUCUUCUAAUCAAGAUGUAGAACUUUCAGCUCCUCCAGCACCGUGUUUGGUUGGUCACUGCCAUUCUUGAUGGUAAUAGACUGAAUCUGUAUACCACCCAGCAAUUAAAGGUUGUCCUUUACAAGAGUUGCUUUGGUCAUGAUACCUUUUCACAGCAAUAAAACCCAAAUUAAGACAAAAGGCACAAAAGAUAUCACACUGGAAGGGAACCCUAUGAAUGUAUUAAAUAUGGUGAAGCCUUUGCACAUUUCAAUAGUCCUCAUUAUAACAAAAUUAUUCACACUUCCAUUCACUGAAACCCUGUGAAUGGAAGCAAUGUACAGCCUUUGCGCUUCACAGUUAUUGCCAAAUGCACAAAAAAAUUAUGAAUAUGCUCAGUGUGGUAAAGUCUUUGUGUUUUGAAAUCUGUAUAGAUCCAUAACAAUUCAAGCACCUGAUCAAAGUAAAUGCCAAGAAUUUAUUGUGAUAAGCUGUUAGGGUUAGAAGAUUAGGGUUUAAGGUGGUUGGGGUUACAGUUAAUAUUACAAAGUUAAGGGUUAGGAUUAGAGGGUUAGAGGGACAGGGUUAGGCGGUUUAGGCUGAGGCUGAGUUUAGGGAUAGGUUAGGGUUGGGGGUUUAUGGUUGGGGCAUUAGGGUUAGUGUUAGGAUCAGGAGCCAACAAGCUAUUAACUACCAGGUGAUCUUCCUGAGAUGGUCUGCUUCAGAUUAUAAAAAUCCAUGGCAGAUUUGCUCCCAUAGGCAAGGCCCAGUAGAAAAUCAUUUUAGGAAAGAUCCUUGCUAUUAAUAUUCUUUUACUGUUAUUAAAUAUAUAUGACAAU